UGGGAGCCUGGCUCGAACAACGAUUCAACGCUGGCAACGAAUUUCCAGAAUACCUUCUAUCGGUCGACUAGGAUUGCGCCAGUUCGAUGGCCAAGACUAUGUAAGGAAUUAAUUACGAGCCGGUCUUGCUUUCGAUUCCCGAUUAUUUCGAUGAAUCGUUCGUUUCCUCGCCCAUUCGCCGCAAUCCUAUUACGCAAGUCGCGGCAAUGAAACGUAUAGUUAUAGCGCGGUAACUAACGGAUACGAGGGUGUAAUCUUUCCCCUUUUCUUGUCAACAUCGAGCAUCGGUUUUCGAAAUUCUUUGCCAAUGUCGCGUAUAAAACGUGUAUGCACGCGCGGAGAUCCUCUAGUGGAAUCCUCUUUUGAAUAUUUCUUUUGCUGGACAUUAGAGGCAUUCGCUAUGAAGUGCUGUCUGUUGUUGUGUCUUGCGACGAUUGUCGUUUGCCAAGCAAGGAGAAUACCAAGAAUACCUCAACAUCCGUAUUUUCCUAAUUUCCAACACGUUUAUCAGCCACGCAAUUACCCGAACGAACUAGGGGAUCAGCAUAUCAUCGGAUCAGCGCCUUUCUUUGAGAAUUACAGAACGCAAGAAGAGAAUACGGGCAGACAAGGAGGGAAGACGGGGAGAGAAGAAGGUGUGGGACAGGAUUAUUACGAUCAUCGAAUUCCGAUCGACGGUCAACCGAAUUUCGUUCAUCCUUUCGCAGGAGUCCCGUUCGACGACAUCCCUGUGAACAAUGCGGACUUCGGAGGCCGAGACAUCAACGCGCCUCAUCAAUACGAACGAUUCAACCAUGCGCUCAAUUAUAAUCACCAAUUGUAAUAAAAUCCUUGUGUUUAACUUGGAUUAAACGAAUAUAGAAAUUGAAUCGCAAUCGACUCAUCAUAGAGCUAGCAAUCUCUUUAUUUCUCCUUCU